UUCAUCUUUUGAAAGGUUAUGAGCUUUUAGAUGGACAUGUUCUUUUGAUAUGGACGAUAUAAACACGGCGACAGUUAUAUAGAGCAACCUUUUAAAAUGCUAAUUUUUGCCUUCAGAUUUCUUAUACCUGAAGUUAGGUGUCCAGGUUUGGAAAAUAUGUAAUCUCUUAAUGCGACAGAUAUUGCAUGAUCAUUGCAGUCCCUUUCAUUAUCUGUUAUUAAUGUCAGAAGGGUUGUCAGACUUUUUCUGUCUACCCUUCCAACAUGUGAUAUGGAUUCAUUACACAAAGAAUGUAUGCUCAUUUCUAAUAUCUAUUGCUGAAGGUUAGUAGAAACCUGAAAUUCAGUUUGUAGGAAAAACAUAUUACAAAAGAACAAUAAUUUACAGAAGUGUCAGUCUACUGAGAAGCAUGUCCAUGUAGUGCACACUGGAUGCAAUCAGUUCUUGAUCUGGGAUGACCAACCUGUGGCGUUGAGGCCACAUUUCAGAAGAAUCUCAGGAAAAUUAAGACUGCAAUGUUGUUCAGACAUCUGAAAUUCUCUCUGCAUGUAAAUACCAUGUUUACUUUUCUUUUGAAAAUCAAAGACCAGGAGUUUGGAGGAAGGGUGAAAAAACAUAAAACCCAACUUGCUUUGUGAUACAGUGCGCUUCCACAGAUUAUGAUGAAUUGAGGAACUAACGUCCUCUAAUGUUAGUUUAUUGUUACAUCAAGUCCUAAGUCAGCUGCCCAUCAAGAAUUUUAGAGCAUGACAUUCUCGAUGUGCUUGAUUGACCAUCAAACUCACCUGAUCUAAACCCAUAAAGAAUUUAUGAGGUGUUGUUGUGAGGAUGAAAAUGAGCAACACUUGACCCAACUGUCCAGAAAGGCUGGUGUUAAAGCGAUCUGGGCUUCCUUAACAACUUCUGAAUGUUUACCAUCAAACAUUUGUUAAAUGUAUUCUAGUAGAGCCAGAUAUCAAAAAUGCACUUUUGUUUAUGUCAAGACAAAAUACGUAUUUGGAUAUUGUCUAAAUACUGCAAUGGUGUCCAGGGUGAACCCGGCCUCUCGCCUGCUGACCGCUGGAGAUGGGCACCAGCACCCCUCACUAUCUUAAUAGGGAUAUGCAUAUGAGUCAGGCCGAGCAGGUGCCUGAGGACAUCCCUGCAUGCCACACAGAUGAGCCAGAAGCUACAGACGCCAACAAGGACCACCCACAGACACAACCAGGGAUGUUCGGCAGGUUGGCGGGGGGUUUGUAUGGAGCCACCAAAGCUACAGUGGGUGGCGUGACUUGGUUAGGAGGAAAGAGCCUGGACAUCACUAAGACAGCUGUCUGCACUGUGGCUGCCGUGCCUGUAAUGGGAGUGGGGCUGGUGAAGGGGGGAGUGUGUGCCGUGGCUGGCGGUGUGACCGCGGUCGGAUCUGCAGUAGUCAACAAAGUUCCUCUAGGAGGCAGCAAAAAGAAAGACAAGUCUGACUGAAAUGGAACUGGAGACUGGACACACACACCUCACACUGCUGUUGAUGGUUUUACAUUUGUAAACGGGAGAAAAAGCAACUAAAGACUUAGAGCUGCAGUUUGCAAGUUAUGUUGUUUUUGUUAUUUUUCAACAAAAAUAACAAAAAUUGUAUCUAGAGAUACAAUUAACAAUUGUUUAAUUAUGUCUUCAAAAUUUGUGCAUAAAAGAAAGCAAUACAGCACACCUGUUCUCUUUCCUUUUGAUUCAAGACAAUCGAUGAUGAUGAUCUGUGCCUUAUAAGAAGUUGUUACUAUCAUCUGGAAAUAAUUCACUUUCAGCUGGUAAAUACUAGAAACACUCUGAGUCUGAUUUCUGAUUAUUUCUCUUCAGCUAAACACACGUUCUGACAAAUGAUCAGAUAAAUCUGAUCAAGGACAUGGUAGGUAAAGUCCAGUUUUUUAAUAUGGAUUUCUAUGGGUUGGUUUAUUGUGUUUAACCUAAAUAUUUUGGUGUCUUCCAUUUCAAAGUGCAUGCUUCUCAGAUGUAUGUCUGUCUUGUAAUCUUCUCACCUUAGUAGAAGAUCCCUGUUUUAGACAUUUUAUUAUUAUUUUCACUACAAUAAAUGCAUUUUAUUAUUGUGCAAAGGACUUUUUGUAAUUAAAUCUUUUCUCAUUUGUAUGCUUUUCUUUUGUUCUUCUUGUAAAAUAAAGCUUAAAGGUUUUUAAAAUAAAAUUAUGGAGAUAAUUUUCUUUAUUUUAGGUAAAAAAAAUAUAUAUAUAUAUAAUUCAAAUGAUUGAAGUUUCACUGUAAAAUUGUAUGUUUUAAUAUUUGGAAUGAGAUUUAAUUUCUUCAGUAAUUCAGAACUCAUGUAUUAAUUGCAGUAAAUUGGUACUCCAGUAGCAUACUGAUCCAUAACAAUUCAUUAGUGCAUCAGAAUUGGUUAACUGUGAAUUAUUUUUUAAAUGAAUAUUUAUACAGAAAGUAUGUUUUUAUAAACCAUUUUUGAAGCCCCUAAAAACUAUUAUUGGAUACAUUAAAAAACAAUUUCGUGCAGCACAAUAAAACAUGUUCAGUUUCUGCUUGCUCAAAACCAUUCACCUACCAGGCUUACAGUUUGGUAAUAACAACAAAGUUAAUCCUCCUGCAUACAAAACACAGGCACCACCCUUCGUCCUCUUUCUUCUGCCGUUUCUUCCUUCACCACACAAUCUAAUGCAUACCACCAGCACUCCACCACUGCCAAUGUAUCCAAUUCUAUCAAAAACAAAAAUGCUAAUUUAGUUAAUCAGAAAUAGGACAGGGUAAGUGGAUGAAAAUUUGAAGCGUCCAAAUCAUCGUAGACUACUUGUUUGACCGGUCUGUACAUUGUGCUUCUCACUUGUUUCAGCCUAAGAUGGUUUUCAAGCCAAAUUACUUUGGAAAUGCUGUUUUGUAUGUUUUCGUAAAUGAAAUAAAUGUUUUUUGAAUCUCAAA